UAGAGGAGGGUUUAUGUUGUGAAUUUACAUGUGCAAUUAUUUUGUUGUUUAAAGUAUAAUCUUUUAAAAUUAGUUCAGUGUUUUUAGCUGCGUGAGUUUCCCGUGAUGCAUUUGAUUUACGCAGUUUUAUUUUCACUUUCAUUCUCUCGGAUGUCGUGCAGCCGAGUCAUUUUCCUGUAGAAAGAACAUGGCCCUGCUGGUUUUGUUCCUCUGUUUGUUCUUUGUGUCAUCAUCUUGGACUGCGGCGACACCAAACCGAGAAGAACACGAUUCCUCCUUUCCCAGAUCGACUAGCGGAGCGGCUUUCCCCUGGAACAAGAUGAGGCUUCCACAGACCCUCUCUCCCUUCCAUUACACUCUCCUCAUCCAUCCCAACCUCACCAGCCUCGACUUCAGUGGGAGCGUGAAGAUCCGAGUGGACGUCCUUCAGGACACUCACACCAUCGUUCUUCACAGCAAGGACCUGAACAUCUCCAAGGCUGGUCUCAGAGGUUUGGCUGAAGGUCAGAGCCAAGCUCUCAGGGUGCUGGAGUAUCCUGCCUACCAGCAGAUUGCUCUCAUCAGCGAACAAAUGGUGCUGAGGAGAGGAAACGUGUAUGUCAUCGAGCUGGAGUUUGCAGCCAAACUGUCUGAGAGCUUCCACGGGUUUUAUAAGAGCACGUACCGUGCCAGUGAUGGAGAGGAACGGGUUCUGGCUUCCACUCAGUUUGAACCAACAAGUGCAAGAGCAGCUUUUCCCUGUUUUGACGAACCUGCGUUCAAAGCCAAAUUCUCUAUUCAGAUUCGCAGAGAGAGCAAAUACUUCGCCAUCUCCAACAUGCCCAAACUGAGGACGCUGCCUCUCUCAGGAGGUCUGUAUGAGGAUCAGUUUGAUGAGACUGUGAAGAUGAGUACCUACCUGGUGGCCUUCAUCGUGUGUGAUUUCCUGUCUAUCAGCAAACACAGUCAGCAUGGAGUCCAGAUCUCAGUGUACACUGUACCUGAGAAGAUACAGCAGGCCGAGUUUGCCCUGGACGCUGCAGUGAAGCUGCUGGAUUUCUAUGACGAUUAUUUUGACAUUCCCUACCCUCUCCCUAAACAAGACCUGGCUGCCAUCCCGGACUUCCAGUCAGGUGCUAUGGAGAACUGGGGUUUGACCACCUACAGAGAGUCGGCUCUGCUGUUUGACCCACACAAGUCCUCGGCCUCUGACAAGCUGGGCAUCACCAUGAUCAUCGCACACGAGCUCGCUCAUCAGUGGUUUGGUAAUCUGGUGACGAUGCAGUGGUGGAACGAUCUGUGGCUGAACGAAGGCUUCGCUAAAUUCAUGGAGUUUGUGUCUGUGAACAUCACCAACCCUGAGCUGCAAGUGGAGGAUUAUUUCCUUGAGAAGUGUUUCGAGGCGAUGGAGGUAGACUGUUUAAGCUCCUCUCACCCCGUGUCUUCCCCUGUGGAGAACCCUGCUCAGAUACAGGAGAUGUUUGAUGACGUGUCUUAUGAUAAGGGUGCAUGUAUCCUGCACAUGUUGAGAGAGUUCCUGAGCCCUGAAGACUUUAAGUUGGGGAUUGUUGCCUACCUGAAACGUUACAGCUACCAGAACACCGUCAACACACACCUGUGGGAGAGUCUAACCGCUGUGAGGAGCAUAAACACUGGUGUAAAUAAGCAGCACUCCGAAGACAAGGUGGACGUCCGGGAGAUGAUGGACACGUGGACCCUGCAGGAAGGCUUCCCGCUCAUUACGGUGGAGGUCAGAGGUCGUGAAGUGCACCUGAGUCAGGAGCGGUUCCUAAAAGGCGGAGACUCAUCCCAAACCUCUGGAUUCCUGUGGCACGUUCCUCUGACAUACAUCACCAGCAGCUCAAACACAGUGCAUCGCUUCCUGCUGAAGACCAAAACAGAUGUGCUGUACCUGCCUGAGGAAGUGGACUGGAUCAAGUUUAAUGUGGACAUGAGCGGAUAUUACAUCGUUCAUUAUGAGGGCUCAGGCUGGGGUGACCUCAUCUCUCUGCUCAAACACAACCACACGGCUCUGAGCAGCGAAGACCGGACCAGUCUCAUCAACAACGCCUUCCAGUUGGUCAGUGUGGGGAAGCUGCCACUGGACAAAGCUCUAGACCUGUCAUUGUAUCUGAGCCAGGAGACGGAGAUCAUGCCCGUGACGCAGGGCUUCAGUGAGCUUGUGCCACUUUACAAGCUGAUGGAGAAGAGAGACACACUGCACGCCCUGGAGACCCAGAUGAAGAGCUACAUCGUGCACCUGUUUCACAAGCUGAUUGACAAGCAGGUUUGGAGUGAUGAUGGAUCAGUGUCUCAGAGAAUGCUGCGCAGUUAUCUGCUCCUGUUCGCGUGUGUAAGGGGUCACCCACCCUGCAUCUCCACCGCCAGUGAGCUCUUCAACAAGUGGAAGGAGUCUGAUGGCAAAAUGAGUCUUCCUAACGAUGUGAGCCUGGCAGUGUUUGCGGUCGGGGCUCGCACUGAGGAAGGAUGGAACUUCCUGUUUGAGAAGUAUCGUGAAACACUCUACACAUCUCUGAAGAUCCGGAUCAAGUCAGCACUGUCUAUCAGUCCUCUUGCUCACAAACUGAAAUGGAUGAUGGAGCAGAGUUUAGAGGGUUCCGUGAUGAAGACACAGGACCUGCCCUACGUUGUGGUGUCCAUCAGUAAGAACCCUAAAGGUUAUAAACACGCCUGGGACUUCCUGAGGGCAAACUGGGACUCGCUGGUGAAGAAGUUUGACCUCGGUUCUCACUCCAUAGCACACAUGGUGACGGGCGUGACCAGCCAGUAUUCUACCAGAGAGAAGCUGGAGGAGAUUCGCAGCUUCUUUGAUUCCCUGAGUGCUGAGACAGGCGCUGACCUCAGGUGCAUCCAGCAAGCGCUGGAGAACGUGGACGAGAACAUUCGCUGGAUGGACAAGAACCUGCCUUUGCUGCAGGCCUGGCUGGAUAAGAACCAUCCGGAACAACAGAAGCGAUACGACAUGCACACUGACCUGUGAAGAGACAAAAGCAGCCAAAAAAUAGUGAGACGUACGUGUGUGUGUGUGUGUGUGUGUGUGUGUGAGUGUGUGUGAGAGAUUAAAAGGGUUUUUUUUUUUGCCUAUUUUAUUUGUCACACUAAAUAGGCUCCUAAAGUCACUGUUAUUUUUUAAAGACACUUUUUGUGACUUAAAAUUUGAGAACUAAUUUUUUUCUGUUCUACUGGUUUAUAUUUUACAUUGUAUUUUUGUGCCGAAUUAAAUGAAAUGUUCUGAUAGAUUAAAUAUAAUUUUUUAAAUAAAACUCUUUUCAAAUUGA